AUGAAUUUUCUCCGCCUCACAGUACUUUGGCCACAAGGCACAAUAUUACCCGUUAGGGUACGAAAAGAUGCAAAGGGAUCUGAUCUAAUUCAGCUCCUGCACUUUUCAGUUUCAGAAGGCUGGGAGAUGUUUUUAAUCUACAAAGGAAUUUUAUUAAAUCCAAACGAAACUCUUGAAGAUCAAAUCAUCGAUGAGAACGCAACUUUGUACGUUGAAUUCGUACCCCAAGGCUCUACUGUAUCGGAAAUAGUACAAUCCACACGCCUUCAACAGAAAGUUCAAGAACUUUACAUUGAGUCCUUGAGGCUCAACGACCUUAAAUAUGAUCUCUUAGAAAGCCAUCCCAAUGGAAAAUUAGCUUAUGAAGAGUUAUUGCGUUUAGAGCAAGAAAGCGAUGAUCCCGAAGAGGACGAGCCCACAAAAAUUCUAAAGCCAGACAAAAUAUCUACAAGCCCCCUUCCAGCAUUUUGGGAGUCAAAUGACGAUUUAACUGAUGUUGACGAGUCAUCUGACAAAUCCAAUUAUUUAUCCCCCGCAGAAGGUUCCCCAACCCUCCUUACAAAAAGGAAAAAGAGCGGGUGGACAUGGUAA